AUGGUCAGCUCUCCUUUUAAGCUUCUUUUAGGAGCUGCUUUCGCCGCUACAGCACUUCUUGACAUCGCCAUUGCGGGGGACUGCUCGAAUGGACCCUUCGCUCCUAUGAUGAUGAUCGGCAUGAGGGACCCCGAAACGCACGAGGGCGUGGUCCCAUUCUGCUCUACCCUCCACGAUGUCGGUGUCCCAGUCACAGGGCUCGACGUCUGGUACGAUACGGACGAAGGCGUCAACGCAAUUCAGAUCCAAUACGCCAAUGGCGACCGCCACGGCAUCUUCGGCGUACCUGGCUCCUCUCCUCAACACCAGUCCAUCGACUGGGAGUACUCCAAGACGUUCGUCGACUCCUUCAGUCUCUGGGGUAACGGCGGUGGCGCAAAGCUCGGUAACAUCCGCAUGGUGUUGACCGACGGCCGUGAGUUCGAUGUGGGUAACAGGCACGACACGCGGUCCAAGAAGACCGAGUUUCCUGUUGAUGUUGGGGCCGGCGUGAUGCUGGGCUUUGCCGGCUGGGGCUCCAACGACAUCAAGCAGGGGAACGCGCUUUUUCUCAAGAGCCAGAUCGACCACAUCACUAUGACUGACCCCGUCUUCGACGACUCCCCUGAGAACUUGAACGCUCAGCAGAAGGGCAUCGAACUCCAAAUCGUCGACUCCUACGACCACCAAAACGACCUCAACACCACCAUAAAUUGGUCCUUCGAAACCACCGUCGACGUCCACACGUCCGUCUCGACCACCACCUCUGUAACCAAAACGUACGGCGUCGCCGUCAGCGUAACCUGGGAAGCCAGCAUCCUCGCGUUCAGCGUCGGCGGCGGCGUAGAAAUGUCCUACGAGUACUCUGAGACCAACGAGAAGGUCGAGACGAAGGAGGAGGAUAUCUCGCGUACGAUUACCGAGGGCGAAGAGCGGGAAGAGUGA